CUAAAAUAAAAGUCUAACGGAAGCCGACGCGAUGACGCUUCUUUAACGUUCCCAUGGAAACAGGAGGGAGACUUGACUUAACCGCUUCUGGACUACUGGAAUGUUUUCUUUAAAGUUACUCCCCUCGCAGAUGUGUUCUAUUUAACGCCCGGUAAAGUUCGUGGCUUGCUAAUUCAAGCAAGAAUCUGACUCAGAAGGUACAAGCAGCACACAGACUUCAAUGCUAAGUUGCAUGAAACGCUUUUAGUGAUUAAACUAGUGCAGGCGGGCCUCUUCUUGUAGUUAGCGAGCUAGCCUGCUAAUCAGAAUGACCCAGCAAGGAGCUGCGCUGCAAACCUACAACAAUGAGCUUGUCAAGUGCAUAGAGGAACUGUGCUCCAAAAGAGAAGAGUUAAACCGGCUGAUCCAGCAGGAGGAAGCAGAGAAAAGUCGUCUGCAGCAUGAUAUCCGUGUGCUGACAGAGAAGCUGAGUCGUGUGAACGAGAGCCUGGCACGCCGCCUCGCUGCCCGCGCUGACUUUGACCGCACCAUCGCGGAGACCGAGGCUGCAUACAUGAAGAUUCUUGAAAGCUCUCAGACACUUUUGAGUGUUUUAAAGAAGGAAACAGGGAAUCUGACCAAAGCCACUGAACCAAGAAGUAGCAAAGAUCAUUGAAUAAUGCUGAAUGUUUCUAUUUGUGUGUGUGUAUAUCUAUAUUCCAUUGUUCUCCUCUCUCUCUCUCACUUCUUCUCUUUCAUCUUUAUCAGCCUUCCCUCUUGUAAUCACCACACAAAAUCAGAAUGUGACUUCUCAUUCCUAUUUGGAAGUUCUGUAUCUAAUGUAUAGGUUUAUAAAUUGUUUUGAUAUAGAUUGGUGUUCAAUGUAAUGUUUUUAUUUAAAUGUAAUAUUUUAAUAAAGAUAUAU